AUGGCUUCCAUCGCUGCGGCAUGUAGAUUGUCAGCACGCGCUGCCACGCAGCAGCUCCGCAACCAUGGGCCCCGUAGAGCAUUCCAUGCCGGACAGACCUCUUUGGGCGCACAAAACUUCAACAUGCCAGCACUCUCUCCAACCAUGACAGAGGGCAACAUCGCGAACUGGAGGGUCAAGGAAGGCGAUUCUUUUGUUGCAGGGGACGUUCUUCUGGAGAUAGAGACAGACAAGGCUCAGAUGGACGUAGAGGCACAAGACGAUGGCAUUCUUGCAAAAAUUAUACAAGGUGACGGCUCCAAGGCUGUCCAAGUUGGCUCGCGGAUAGCAGUAACUGCCGAACCUGGCGACGACCUGAGCUCCCUCGAGAUUCCAGCCGAGAACAAGUCGGCGCCUUCCCAAGACCAAGCACCCAAAGAGCAACCCAAGCAAGAGUCCGCACCCACCCCUAAAAAAGAGACCAAGCCCGCGUCAUCUUCUGGAGGGUCCAAGGCCAGCGUUGGCAAGGCUCGGAAGCAAACGUACCCGCUUUACCCUUCCGUGCAACAUUUGUUGAAAGAGGCCGGCCUACCAAAAGAAGAGGCAGACAAGAUCCCUGCGACUGGGCCCAACGGAAGACUGCUGAAGGGUGAUGUGUUGGCAUAUGUUGGGAAGAUUGAGGAAUCGUACGCAUCUGAGCUGGCAAAUCGGUUGAAGAAGCUUUCUCAUCUAGAUCUCUCCAACAUCAAAGCUGCGGCCCCGAAAGAAAAGGUGCCCGAGAAGCCUGCCGUUGAAGCCAAGAAGACAGCUAUCCCGGAACCUCCGGUCGAGCUUGCUCUGCCUAUCUCGCUUCAGGCUGUUUACGACUGCCAAAAGCGCGUGCAAGAGUCAAUCGGCGUGUUCCUCCCCGUUUCGACCUUCAUUGCUCGUGCUGCUGAGCUCGCCAACGACGACCUUCCUCGCUCACAGAUAUCCAAGCCUUCGGCCGAUGAACUUUUCAACGCAGUGUUGGGCUUGGACAAGAUCAGUGGGAAGAGCAGCCGUGGGAGCUUCGUGCCACAGGUGACCGCCCUGCCCCCCGCCUCCCUCAGGCCCGCUCCCACCGUCAAAAAGUCGGACAUCUUGGAUCUUCUUGCGGGAAAGAAAGCCGCUGCGACUAAAGCCCAUGUUUCGAGUGGAGCUACCAAGGUGGUUGGUCCUUUGAAUGUAUUCAGUGUCAGUGUGCCCAGGGGCGAUGAGCGGAGAGGUCGUGUUUUCUUGGAGCGCGUCAAGAGCGUUCUGGAAGCGGAACCAGGAAGGCUUGUUGUGUGA